AUGAGUAAUAAAUCCAAGAACUUCCUUCAAAACCUUUUGAAGCCCUUCACUUCCAACUCAAACAGAGGGCAAACGGAAGAGGACUUGGAGGCAAUUGCCGCACAAGAACAGAAGCAGUUCCCUUUUGAAAUCAUUAAAGCUGCAACCAAGGAUUUUCACCCCACAAACAAGCUUGGUCAAGGGGGAUUUGGCCCUGUUUACAAGGGAAAAUUGAAUGAUGGGAGAGAAAUAGCUGUGAAGAAACUAGCACAUGGCUCAACUCAGGAGAAGCUGCUUGUUUAUGAGUAUGUGGCAAACGAGAGCCUUGACAAGCUUCUAUUUAAGUCUGGGAGUCAGCAAGUGCUUGAUUGGAAGCGAAGGAUGGACAUAAUAACUGGCAUAGCAAAGGGCUUGCUUUACCUUCACGAAGGCGCUCAUACUUGUGUCAUACACCGCGACAUCAAGGCCAGCAACAUCCUACUUGACGAUAAAUGGGUCCCCAAGAUCGCUGAUUUUGGCAUGGCUCGUCUCUUUCUUGAAGAUCAAUCACAUGUUAACACUCGUGUAGCGGGUACCAAUGGCUACAUGGCGCCAGAGUAUCUCAUGCAUGGUGAUCUUUCUCUGAAAGUGGACGUGUUCAGCUUUGGGGUUGUGGUUUUGGAGCUGAUAAGUGGACAGAAGAAUUUAACUUUUAACCGCGAUCCCAAUUCAAGGAACCUACUUGAAUGGGUAUAUAGGCUUUACAAGCAAGGUCGGAGCUUGGAAAUUGUAGAUCACACUUUGACACCCUCAACAAUUCCCGAUGAGAUAGCAAUGUGCAUACAACUUGGGUUGCUAUGUACCCAAGCUGAUCCAGCACUACGUCCCAACAUGAAGCAGGUGGUGUUGAUACUGUCGAAGAAGCCAAGCACUCUUGAAGAACCAACAAGACCUGGAUUCCCAGGUUCCAGAUAUAGGACUCGGAGGCCAACAGCAUCAUUAACUUCUGGAGAAUUCACUUCUCAUUCUUCUGGUUCCACGACCAAUACCAACACUGUCAAUUCUUCUAUCACCGUUACUGCCACUGAAAGAACAUCGGGCCUCACAAGUCCCAAGUUAGACACUCAUGGAAAACGUCCUACGCAAGGUUAG